AUGGCAGGUUCUAUUCCUUGUUCAUCCUUGAACAAAAUGAUCAACAAAGAAGAAGAGAGGGAUCAUGAAAGCAUAAAAAAGGUUGAGAGAAGCUACCAAAGAUAUAGAGAGAUAAUCUCGACCCUUCCGAAGGAGAAAGGCUGGAUAGCUGAGAACAUGUGCCUCUACGAGGGCUUCUGGUACCAACCCAUGCAUGGCUUGGCAGGCGUCAUGUUUGCCCAGGAACAUUUCCAGGCUCGUCCUGACGACGUUUUCUUGAUCUCGGCACCUAAAUCUGGCUCGACGUGGCUCAAAGCCCUGAUUUUCGCCGUCAUGAAGAGAACUUGCUACGCCAGUACUGCUCAUCCUCUUCUCACCACCAACCCCCAUGAUUGCGUCCCUUUCUUCGAGUUUGAGCUUUUUAAGAAACCUCCAGUUGCGGAUGUUGACGGCUUACCCUCUCCUCGCAUAUUCGCAACCCACAUCCCUUACACGUCGUUGCCUAAGUCUGUUCUGGAUUCUGGUUGUAAGAUUGUCUAUGUGAGAUCCAAGGAGCUUCCACCCCUCUCUUUGGAAGAGGCAGUUGAUUUGUUUUCUAGAGGGAUUUUUGGAUUUGGACCGUUCUGGGAUCAUGUGCAAGGGUAUUGGAAGGCUAGCCUGGAGUGUCCCGAGAGAAUUUUCUUCAUAACUUAUGAGCAAAUGAAGAGAGACACGUUUGUGAAGGUGAAAAGAUUGGCAGAGUUUUUGGGACAACCUUUCUCGAUGGAAGAGGAGGGGGAGCGGGUUGUGGAGGAAAUUAUAGAACUUUGCAGUUUCGGUAAGUUGAGGAACUUGGAUGUGAACAAAAAUGGUUCACGCAAUCCAGAUUUCAAGAAUGAUGCGUUCUUUAGAAAAGGUGAAGUUGGUGAUUGGAAGAAGCAUCUAACUCCUCAAAUGGUCGAGAGGCUAGACCAGAUUACCAAUGAAAAAUUACCUGGCAUAUUUUGA